GCGUUCGUUGGACGUUAUGUCCGGGGUAAGGUUAGAAAACUCAGAUGUUUUUGAACGUGUUGGUGGAGAGGCAUAUGGACGAUCAGAUGACAGUGCACAGAUGGACUCAAAGGAUAAUGGUCCUCAUUAUACAAUUCAAGGAGUUCUGCAUUUCCUGCAAACAGAAUGGACACGCCUGGAGAUGCAACGUUCUCAUUGGGAAGUGGAACGAGCAGAGCUACAGGCACGAAUAGCAUUCCUUCAAGGCGAACGUCGUGGACAGGAAAAUCUCAAACAAGACUUAGUACGACGUAUUAAAAUGUUAGAGUAUGGUUUAAAACAAGAGCGUGUCAAAUUUCAUCAAUAUAAAGCAUCAAUUGCUGCUGGUAAUGCAUCUCAUGCAGCCAGACAAUCAGGCAACCAGGAGUCAACUAAUUCUCCAACGGAUACCAAGCCUGAACUAUCAACCACCGCUGCUACGACAAAAACUGUCCUUGAACCACGAGAAAAACUUGCUCAAUUCACAGAGCAAACAUUAGAAAGUAAUGUAAAGUGGCGAGAGAGUCGGUUACGUCUUAAACAGUUUCUUCAAGAAGUUGGUUAUGCUGACGCUGUUCUCAAUGUUCGUGAGGCACGUGUUCGCCAACUUCUACUAUCCGCCGCCGGUUGGCCAAAUGAAUCUGACUUGCCGCUAUCAACCCAGGAUUCAAAGAAUAAGCCUUUUGAUGGGGUUAAAUCACAGAUAGGCGAUAGUACAAACCUGCAUGAUGAACAAACUAAGAACGCACUGGCUGAGAUAGAAGAUGCUGUCCGAUCAGCACAAGAUUUUCUUUCACCUAACGAUAAUUUAGGCAUGAAUAAUGAGUUAGGUGACCGAUCAACGCAGCCAGAUACUACAGGGAAUACAUUAGCGGGUUGUGAGGAUAAUUCUGAAUCAUAUGAUUCAUCGGGUUGGGUGAAUCGUUUUCGUCGGACUAAUGAUACAUCGAAGCGUAGACCACAAAAUCAGUCAGAUUAUAUUCAAGGAGAUGAACCAAAUGCAAAGAACACUUCAAGUACCAAAGUGUCAUCAUUUCUAAAUAGUUUGGGUGAGGUUGGCAGUGCAGGACAGUCGAAACGAUUUGGUCGUAAACAUGCAGUCGAUUCAAAUAUUCUGGAUCUGAUCAGUACACUAUCAGAUAAGGUGGAUGAUAAUGAUGCCUUUUUAUCUGAGAUUAAUUCGACGGCUACUGCUACCACUGCCUCAACAGCAGCUCAAAAUGCUUCAUCUGCUAUGUCAAAUCAUAAAUUAUUAAAUUCACCAAAUCAAAAUAGUAGUAGUGGUACUAGUACCUUUCUAACAGAUCCUAGCAUUUCGGAUUCUACUGGUGUUGGUACAAAGGGGAUUAGUCAUUUAGAUUCAGGUAAAGAUGCUAGUGCAGCUGAUCGUUUGGGACUUGGUGAUUUAGCUGGUCUAACUGUCAUCAAUGAAGUGGAUCCGCUAUUAAAUGGUGAAGUUUGUGAUUUGAACACGACUACGCUACCUACAAGUAAUUAUGAUCCAACUGGUGGUCAUGAGGCACAUACCGAUGUGCUGCAUGGAGCUAGUGCCACAUCAAACUUAUCGACUGGACGUCGACCAUGGGUGCAGAGGUAUACACUUCGGGGACAUUUCGACGGAAUUAGGAGUGUGGCAUUUCACCCAACUGAACGUGCUGUUUACACAGCUAGUGAAGAUGGGUGUGUUAUGUUUUGGAAUUUAUUGAAAAGUGGAAUUUCUGGCACAGCUCUCUCCCCAGGGCGGUCAGGUAGCGUCAACACUCAUUCAGCUGCAGUUGAUGAAUUAUCCCCACUUCGUGUUUAUUGUGGUCAUAAAGGCCCUGUCCUCUGUCUUGCUGCACCAAGUCCAGUACUUGCACCAACACUGGCUACAACUAUCGUUUAUUCAGGUGGUCUGGAUGGUACUGUCCGUGGAUGGCGUCUACCAUCUACUGCUAUUGCAUCCGGUAGUCUUGAAUCGAUCGAUUUGCUCGCACCCCAAGAGUUGGAUGUGGAAACUGGGCCAGUAUUUAGCAGUUCAUCUUCUCCAGUUUGGUCGAUUGCACUACACCCAUCUAGUCCAUUGUUGCUUGCUGCUCAUGCGAAUGGUUCAAUUGAUUUUUGGUCUACAGUGGUGGAUUCCUCUGAUAAUAAUGCUUCACCAAGCACCCCAGUUCUUUCUGUCCACUUGGAUCGUCUUAUCCAGCCUUCCAGUAGUAAGUUUAAUAUGGUGUUUUCUCUUUUAUCAUCUGAUGAACACAAUUUCAAUAAAAAAAUCUUAAUUUUUGUCUUAGUUGAGCAUUUAACUGACUCGCGCACACAUACACUUAUGUAUAGUGAAAAUAUAGGAGAUUUAUGUUAUAUCAUGGGAUGGCAAGACAAGGCAAUAAUAAUUUAAGUUGGCUGAACUCAUCUGCAGUGAGAAGUUGGGAAUACGCUGGACGUAGGAGUGUAGAAGAUCUCUACAUGAUGCGAAUGAUUUAUGUGUAAUGUCACACAAACUCAAGGAUUUGGAGGCGAAAACCAACAAACUGGCAGAAGAACGAGCCAGCGAAAACAGAAGUUCAAUUUAACGUAGAGAAAACGGGGGUAAUGGGAAUAACAAACCACUACCAACAGUAACAACAAGCACCAAUCACUAUUAACAGAAUAAAUUUCAGGGACACCAAUUCCCUCAGUCUACCUUAGCAUUAAGAAUAAAAUUUGAAUUUUCAACGGCAAUAUUAAGCCAGUCAGUUCUAUAUGGACCAAGAAGUUGCCACACUCAUUACCAAAAGCAUUUCUUACAGUCUACUUUAGACUUCCAUCAACUAUCUUUCCUAUCUUGAUACUGCAAAUAAGUUGCUCAGAAUAGAUACGCAGCAAAGAACUCUGACAACAAACCAACUAAGAACUUAUCGCCCAACAAAUAUGUGGAAGAAAAUGGAGAUCAAUUGGACAUGUGCUGGGGAGACCGUUGGGUGACACUGCGCUCCAAGUCAUCUCUGGAGUAUAACCCGAAUGGGGGGAAAACGAGUUAUGCAGCACUCCGAGGGUGACAUGGAGAGGACCGUGAUAAGUGGAGGAGACGAAAGACUACUGACAAAUGUGGGUCCAGGUGAAGAGCACCGCAGAGAAAAGGGCAAAGUGAAGAUGUGCUCCGGUCGAAGCCGUAUGUUCUACUAGGAACCAAAAAGAACAAUCGAUGAAUAAUAACAAAUGAUAAUUCAGUUACUACUCAGUAGGUUCAAGUGGACAGAAGUACACAGGAUGUGACGUAAACGCGUAAUGACGUACUGAUGUUAAAAGCUGAGUGUUUUUGCGGAGAAGCCCCGAUACCACUGAUAGGCCAGUCUAUAAACACAUAUCUACGUGGUGAUUAGCUCACACCCCCUCCUCUAUAUCAGCCAACAACAAUCUCACCAGAAAAGCUUUGGUUUGGGACGCGCAACAUGAACCCUAGAUAUCUGACUCAAUCGAUGAUAAAUUUUUACAACUUGAUAUUAGUCCACUUUUCCUCCACAGCACCUUACACUCUCCACUUCUGGCUUCAAUGUUGCCCAGGAUAUUACACUACACUAUGCAAAAGCGUGCGGGAAGCAGAACACGCCUGUAGUGAAAGACAGUAAGCCUCUUCAAAUUUCACUAACCAUAUCCCAGUAAACCACUUGUAUGCAUAACGAGGAUUUCAGUUUUAUGGCGUAUUAUAGCAUUAUUAUUCAUAAUAACAACAAUAUGUCGUUAAUAAUUCACAUGAUUUCAUUAAUUAAUUUAGAUUCUGAUCAACCUGAAUUUGGUCGUCCAACAUGUCUACACUUCUUGGUCAAUCGUCCAGACUCACUGACUGCCUCACAGUGUAUUGUCGGCACAAGUACAGGCUGGUUGGCGUUGUUAGACGUUCAAACUGGUCAAGUGAUCAACCAAAUUCCACCUCCUCCUCCACUAUUAACGAAACCCGGUGAAGAUGAUCCGCUCAAUUUAGGUAAUAUCCCAGACACAGAUAAAUGUAACCUACCGCCAUCUGGUGAUUGGACUGAUCGUGCUGUCAAUGCAUUAGGUUCACAUCAGACUCUUUCUCUGGUCAUCGGUGCACAUGAAGACCGGUGUAUUCGUUUGUAUGAUAUCAAUCGAAUGUCUGAUCGAUCAUUGACAACAAAUACAGCUUGUGUUGAUGCAAUGAUUACUCACUUGAAUGCUGUUACAAGUCUCGCUGUCGAUCCGCAUGGUUUGUAUUUGUUAACAGGAAGUCAUGACGCUUCAAUUCGUGUAUGGGAUAUGGAGACACAUUCUUGUGUACAAGAGAUGACAAAUCAUGGUUUCAAGUAUGAUGAAUCUGUUCAUUCAGUGGCACUACAUCCACAACUACCAUUAGCGGCUAGUGCUGGCGCCGAUGCUGUAUGCAAGAUUUAUAUGACAGCGCCUUAAUUCAUUGGAAAAAAAAUCAGUUCAUGACUUCGUUCAUGUCAAACCAUGUUUUUUAUUCCGUAUUUCUUUUGUUUCGUCUUUAUUGGAAUGAUGUGAUGAUUCAUGACACAACUAUCAACAAAGAUUUACUGAACUUGAACAGAGUCAGUCAGUCAAUCAGAUAGCCAACCAGUCAAUUAUCUCUCUUGUUAACUCCUCUGUUCUGUUACUGUUGUUGUUGGUGUUGAUUUGAUAUGAUAAACAACUCAUCCCGCCUCUCCCCCACCUACUAGAAGUAGUGAAUGCAUGCUGAAAUGUGAUGAUGAUGUGACCGUUGACAAUGACGAUAAUGAUGAUGUUCAAUGCAUAUCUAUCCUAUUUACUCCCGAUCAAUCUACUCCACUCAUGUCUUCUUCUCUCCUCUGCUGGUUUUUCCUUCGUGACAUUGUUCUCCAUUGUCACGCACACACAAACACAAACCGACAUUUAUAAAUAUAAACAUGUACGC